UGGCAGCGGUCCAACCUAACGGUUGGCGUUACGGAAAUAGAUUUUCGGUGGCGAGAUGCAACGUCCGCCAGGCGGAGAGAACCGGAGAGGCCAGUACCGCGGCGACCAGUUCCCGAGGAAAACCGGAAGAAUCGAAGCCACGGCGGCGAGGUGUCCCACAUGAACAAUCCGGGAGCUGAACGAUGGCGACCGAUGGCUAUAUCGAAUCCAUCCACCAAGCUACGGAUGGCGAGAUCCAUGCCCCAUUGGGUCAUGGCGCAGCAGCAACAACGAGAAACGGAGCACCAGCUACGUCGAGCCCCAACGCCCCCGAAAAUCCCACCGCCAUCGCUCUCGGGGGACUGUGGUGACCCCGACUACGAGAUCAUCGAAUUCCCGACCCAGAAACCAUCUCUGACACCCCAGUGGAACGUUGGCAAGUGCGGUCUGUGCGGCACCGAGAACGUGUUUGCGCGAUGCGACACGUGUCGCGACAACUUCUGCGAGGCCUGCGACGACAUGAAUCACAAGCACCCGAAGCGGAAGGGCCACGUACGCAGGAGGAUCCUGACCGAGAACGCGAGCAGAAGCAAACCGCCCCUUCCGCCGAAAGGGGAGAAUCUGUGCCCGCCGGUUCCUCCGCCCCGAAGAAAUCGCAAGACCACUCAGGCUAAGUCGACAUUAGCCAAAGGCUCUACACAUCUCCCUUUGCUCGACAAGGUUGGGAACUUGAAGCGCAACCUUGCCAAUCCGAAAGCACCGCCGGACUCGAGAGUAUCGAAAUCUACGAACACAGCUUUAAACACGCUCUCCAACGAUGCUUCAGGAUCAGGAACGGAUAAAAUGUCUACUCUACAGGAAAGAUACAGAAAAUAUCAAGAGGCGAUGAGAGCUCAAGAUGCAAACAGGCGACGACAUCCAUCCUCGGACACCUCGAGGGACACUUUGAGUGGAAGACCACUUAGCUUAGGCGGCUCGAAACCACCGCUGCUUCCACCUCCGCCUCCACCUAGAGCUAUGAUACAAUCGGCCAGCGUUUGCGAUUUAACGGCUGCUCACAUGUGGAAUCCGGGAAUGCAUCAGACCCAGUCGAUGGCGCACUUAGGACCCAGCGGAAUGCCGAUGAUGUGGUAUCCGCCGACCAACUCCUGGGAUGUACCGAUGAGCGGUUCGACCGUGAGUCUGCAUCACCCAAGCAUGUGGAGCUAUCCCGUAGGCUAUCCAUCGGCGCAGAUGCUGCCCCCACAUUAUCCGGGAUCCCUUUCUAGAGCGCACAGUCCGGCCAGAAGUAUAAAGUCGAGCAGAAGAUCGCGACAGGCGUCACCGUCUCCUAGUCUGAAAUCUAAAAAGUCCUACGCUUCGAGAUCGCGAUCGAGAAGGUCGCCCGGAUCACCAUCGGACGCGAGUUCCGAAAACUCGGACGAGUCCGACGACGACAGACUCUCCCGGGGGUCCAGAAGUAGACGCGGCAGCGUAUCCAGAAGCAUACGACAACGAAACUACGACGACGAUACCAGAAGUCUGACGUCUAGAAGUCGACGAGAGAGAUUAAUGUCCGAGGAGAGAGUGAUGAGUACCGAGGAUCAAUGGUCCGAGAGUCAGUCUAGUAAACGGUACUCAACGCCCUCGAGAAGCUACGACGAACGCUCGGUUUCCCGAGGAGUAGAUCGAUUGGAACGCGUGCAAAACGGAGCUUAUCGCGACCGUCAAAGACGAAGCACCGACGACGAGUCCUCCGAUCGAAGGAUCAACGCGCCGAGCCGAACGCGAGUGACCAGCUCGUCCGACGACCAUUUCGAGAGGGUGGAAAACGCAUUAAAGAGAGCGUCGUCCCUUCGAAGGGACAUCAUGCUGGAUGAUCAUCGUCGGGACUCUCGUAGAUCAUCCUUCGAGAGUGACGGUCAGACUAGGAAGACCCCUUCUCGAGAUGUGACUUCCCCGAAAAGGAUACCUAGAGAACGAACGCACCUUUUGGAGAGACAGUCUUCUCAAGGAGAUUCAGAUAGAGACAAGAGUCGCGCGAACAGGGAUGAAGUUGAAUCACGCUCGACGAGAAGAGAACAACAGAUCCGUGAUGUUUCGCGAGAGCGCGAGAUCCGUGUAAAGAGAGAAUCGUCUCAGCGAAGGGACACUCUCGAUGAUCUAGAAAGGAUCUCCAUCAAACGAAGCUCCCGCAGAUCCUCGGUGGAAUCCGACAGUCAAGGUCUUAGAAAAAUAGCCUCCAACGAAACACCCAUAAAAAGACAUGAAGAAAAAACUGGUGAUCUUCAAGAUCGCCAGCGAUUGAUCGAAAAGAGUCAACAGCUCGAGAACUCCGUACGAACUGUUGAAGCUCAACAAAAGAAACAAGAUAACGUCGACAUAAAACAGAAACAGCAGCAAUUGCAAAGAUUUCAGUCUCGAGAGGAUCCGAAGGUAGCGAAAAAAGAGGCGGCCGAAAAUGCAUCAUCCAAGAAGACAGCUUCCACCGAGACGGCCGGCCUGAUGGAAAUUCCGAAAGAGGAGUGGGCCUGCGAGCAUUGUACCUUCAUCAACAAGAUCAGGGAUCGCGUCUGCGUGGUCUGCUGCAAAACCAAGAGCAGCGCGCUACCGCCGAGCACCCUGAACGAUCCUGAUCCGCUGCAAGCGCCGAGAAAUGAAACCCCGAGCAAGGUCGGCGAUCCUGGUCUCGAUCUCGAGAAGCGGACCAAUCUGUUGAAGAUUUCGAACAGCGAAGAGAGCGGCGACAGCGGGUCCGUUAGGAACAAAGAUGUGAUCGCAGCAGAUGAUAAUCCUCUCGUGGAGAAUUCUGAAGCUACGAUCACUACUUCAACUUCACAAGUAGAAGAAGCAUUAUUGGAACCGACAGACACGUCAUCAUCGCCGAUUGCUGAGAAUCUGGCGGCAGCAUCAUCAACAUUACCAUCUUCUUCGGCUACGAAUAUCUUCAAAAUAGAUGCGAACGCGCCGCCGCAGGAGGAAAAACCUACACGAGGAAAACUUUUAAAGAGUCAUUCGGUGUCUACGGGAACAUCUCCUCCGCCACAGAAUAUCUCAACUCAAACUUACGACUAUCUCCCUCCAAAAGGGACUCUUGGAAGAUCCUCGUCAGUGGCAAAGAAUUAUUUGUAUUACGAUGACAGCGACGGAGAGGAGCAGACCAGAUUUGCGAACAGUCCGGAUCUGUAUCCGCGGGCUUUGCAGGAACAGCAGCUGGUUAUAUCCGGUCAGAAAAGCAGAGAACGGACUAGGAGAAACUCCAUCGACUCGUCCCAUCUCUAUUAUCGUUCCAGGGAACCCAGUCAACCGAGAUAUAUGGAAGCGAGUUCCAGUUCCGGCCAGCAAGGGGUUUCCACGUUGACCCGUCAAGGAUUGGAGAUCGUGGAGCUCCUGCGAGAAGCCGAGAGGCAGGGAUUCACGACCGACGAUGUUCAGACAGCGUUGGCCCAGGGUGCGUCGAAUCCGAUCGAGUGGCUUCACACGCAGUGGCCGCACCUGGUAGAGACGGUGCGAGUCCUGGUGACCGCGCAGGGCAAGGAACUGAGGGAGAAUAGCAUCGGCGUUUUGUCGCAGUCCGAGGCGAGAGAGGCUCUACGAUCGGUCAAGGGCGACGUGUGGAACGCUGUUGCGACGGCCAUUCAGCGUAGACAGCAGAAAUGCCAGCAGAUCAUGGCAAAAGGAAACUUUGCGCUCGCGGACGUCGUCAGAGCUCUCGAUAAUAACGCCGGGAUCGAGGACGCUGCUUUGCUCGAGCUACAGAAAAAUCAGCUCAAGCCCUUCUUAAUGAGGAUCUGGGGUCCUCCGGUCGGGGUGGAGAACGACGAGGCUGCACCGCACGAAGAUGCAGCGGGUGUGGUCGAUGGUGGGACGGGGGCGGAACCCGUGGAACAAGUUCAGAAUGUAUCCGAUACGGAGGCGCGGAAGCAGGUAAUGUCACCAAUUGUUGAUCAUUUCGUGGCGUUGCAGGCCGACUUUCAAAAGCAACUGGCGGCCCUGAGAGAACUGACCGAUAACUGGCGACACGAGAAAGAUCCCCCGAAUAAACUGGGUAAUAAUAAGUCUGAUAAUCUGUACGACCACCCUGACGAUGAUAAUAGUAGCACUGUUCUAAUCGAUGCAAAUCUGGUCCCAAGGGCCGUACAACAAGCGCCCGAUGAUGUAGCGAUGAUGCCGGGCGAUCUUGUUACGCGGCAAAAACAGGCAACCGUAGAUUCGCAGGAGGGCUCGAAGCGCUCAGAGUUGUUGAAUGCUACGAAACCGUCCGACGAGGUCCUGGACCAAAUAGAUGCCGCGUCGCAUGCCGAAUUUGAUGAUCUCGCGACACUCUCGCCCGAAUAUCCCUCGAAAAAUAACAGCGUCGACCCUGCAAACGUCGGCGAGACUGUCGUACGAAUCGCCGAAUCAUCCGAUCCGCCGAAACUCGACGAUGAGGGAGGCGACGUCGACGCGGGGAAACGAUCAACCUCGAAAGCGAGCGACCUCGCGACGACGAUAUCGAUCGACGAGACGGCGAUAGAAACAGCGAAGCGAGUUACGAGUCCACCGAAAGAAGUGGAACACAGGGGAUUAUCGUCGAAUGACGUUGAGAUUGAAGCAUCCUCCUUCUUGUCCGGAAUUUCUGCGCCCGACACAACGAAUACGGAACCAGGUCAGCCCUUUUCUCCGCAAACUUGGAGUGGUCCCGAAUUACUUAAUACAGCGGGACACGCCGCGAACAACGACGAGUCGCUCGUCCAAGUUGGAAAGUCGACGGAAUUGGGCGAAGCACUUCCCAUCUCUUUCCGGGAUUCGAGUGCCCCUCGAGAACAACAAGCCGAUAUAUCGCGGCAGCCAUCGCGGAAUGAAUUCUCGAUCACGGCGAAUACAGCUGAAGAGGAUCUUUUCGCGACGAAACGAACCGAUCAGUAUAUUUCGAGGGAAGUUCCCGGGCAGAACGACGAGUCGUCUCACGUCGCGGCAAUGGAGGCUCUGAUGUCCGCCGUGAGAUCGCUGCCGGAGCAAUUUCUGACGCCCUUCAUAACGGCGAUGCAAGUCCUGUCGCCCAAGAAAGGUGAUGCCGAUGUAACGACCGCUGAUGUUCGAUUUAUGAACCGAUUAAAUACUUUACGUAGCACGAAGGCCGAAGAAACGACCGAGGCUGAAACGAACGUCGACGCACUUCAGCCGAGGAACGAGAGAGACAACGAGAAGGAGCCUGUCCCGGUGACCGCGGAUAAAACUGACGGGUCGUCUGUUCAGGAGAAGAGUAGUAGUAGUAAUAAGCAGGCGAAUAAUCUCAUUAAAAAAUCGAGCAGCAGCGAGAUCAUCGACAAGAGGAUCGUCAGAUCGCGCCAAGUUCCGGAUUCUCGGAUGGCAAAGUCCCGGUCGAGCGUUCCAGAUAUCAAACAACAGCAGCUGGAUGUCAGAUCGAGAAUAGCUCGUCGUCUCCUGGCGGAAGGUCGGGCGUCGAAUUACGAUGAGGCUGAGGUCGCCGCCAGUUUGUUGGCCCUCAAGUUCGGAGAUGCCGAGGCGCUUCAGGCCGCGAAGGAGUGUUCCAGCGUGGAAUCCGCGCUCGCCUUCCUUCAGCAGGAGUGCGAGCUGUGCACCGGCCGUUUUGCAAUGAGUCAAAUGAUCUCUAUGCUGAAAUGCGUGCAUCGUUGCUGCAACGAAUGCGCGAAGAAUUACUUCACCAUCCAAAUUAGCGACCGAAACAUCACGGAUGCCGUUUGUCCGUUCUGCAAAGAACCUAAUCUCAAGGACGCGAGCGAGGACGAAGUUCUCGAAUAUUUCAGCAAUCUGGAUAUUCAACUGAAGACCCUGUUGGAUCCGCCGAUCCACGAGCUUUUCCAGAGAAAGCUCAGAGACCGGACUUUGAUGCAAGAUCCGAACUUCAAGUGGUGUAUCCAGUGUUCGAGUGGAUUUUACGCCGAUCCUGAUCAGAAGCGUCUGAUCUGUCCCGAUUGCCGAUCUGUCACCUGUGCCUUUUGCCGAAGACCGUGGGAGAAACAACACGAGAGAAUCUCGUGCGAGAAGUUUGCGGUUUGGAAGGACGAAAACGAUCCCGACAAUCAAGCCGCAGGUUUGGCCAAACAUCUGGCUGAUAAUGGCAUCGACUGUCCUAAAUGCAAAUUUCGUUAUUCGUUAUCUCGAGGAGGUUGCAUGCAUUUCACCUGCAGCCAAUGUAAAUAUGAAUUCUGCUGCGGUUGUGGCAAAGCUUUCAUGAUGGGGGCGAAGUGCACGGUUAGCCCCUAUUGCGCCAAACUGGGCCUGCACGCCCAUCAUCCGCGCAAUUGUCUCUUCUACCUUCGUGAUAAGGAACCCGCGCAACUACAGCAGUUGCUCAAAGAAAACGGCAUUGAUUACGAUACCGAGGGUCCGGUCGGGGAACGCAAGUGCAAAGUGCAACUACAGAAAGAAACGCCGACCGGGGUCGUCGACGCUAUCUGCAAUUCCGACGUCGUCGAAGGUCACGCUGGUCUAUGCAGGAUUCAUUACAUCGAGUAUCUAGUUCGAAAGAUCCGUAUGACGCGGCUGGAGCCGCUGCCCUUGCUAAACGUGGACGAUCUCGAAACGUGCGUGCGACGCGCCGGGCUGAAACCUCCCGCGAACUGGCAGCACUACAUUGAGUACUUGGCGGGCCUGGUACUCAAGGGCAGGCUGGACCCGGUGAUGAUCUUUGACUUGAACGACGCCAAGCAAGAGUUGCGCCGACGGGGAAAAGUUCCCCCUGCGAAGGACCAGGAAAUGUCCGAGCGGGAUUAUCUCGAGGCGUGCAUUCAGGUCGUAAAAAAGGAGAUUCCACUGGAGUGACUACGGAAGAGUAUUUCAGAAAAACACUCGUACACCUGAAGUCAUAUGCAAGAGAGAUAGAGCGUGUAUCUCGUGCAGUGUAUUUAUUUUAAUUUGUAUACACUAUGUGAAGAAGCCUCCCUUUCCCAUGUGAAAUUAAUAUAGGACCAUAGAAAACAAAUAAUGUGCAGCAUGUGAACAUAACUUCGUCGCAAAAGUUUAUUUAUAUCUUUUUGACAUGACGGUAAUCCGCGAUUCGCACAUUAAUUCGCCUAGCGUUAAUUUAUUCGUGAUAGAAAUAUCACAAGAAGAAAAUAGUGUGUUCAUAUCUCUGUAGAUGCUCUACUUAUUAACAACUACAGAUUUGUAAUAAUCGAUGUUUCUUCAAUGAUGGAAAAAAUACUUAUCUCGAUGAGAUUUAUAAUUAGUGUUUGAAAAUAUUUAAUUAUUUCUUGUCUUUAUAUAACUGUUUUUCAAGAAAUAGACGGUUUAAUUAAAGA